AGCCCUCAACUCAAACUGUAUCGGUAUUUCAUUAUGAAUAUGGUAGCUUCAAGAAAGACCGUUGAGCUUUUCUAUGACGUCAUAUCCCCCUACUCAUGGCUGGCAUUUGAGGUGCUCUGUCGAUACCGGAGUGUUUGGAACAUCAAUCUGAAGUUGAGGCCAGCCCUUCUUGGUGGAGUCUACAAAGGUGCAGGAAACAAAGGUCCUGUUGACGUUCCCAGGAAGUUGCACUACUUGGUGACAGACUUCCUCCGGAUGGGUUCCUAUGCUGGAGUACCCAUUAGAGUUCCCGACCAACCAAUCCAUCACCUGCUGGAGAGAGGUUCCUUACCUGCCAUGCGUUUUGUGACGGCGGUGGCAGAGAGUGAUGCCCAGUCGGGCAGUGAUGCCCAGGUGGAGAGGGUGUCCAGGGAGCUGUGGACCAGGAUCUGGAGCAACGGCCAAGACAUCAACCAGAUGACCUCACUUGCAGAGGUGGGCCAGAGGGCAGGGCUGUCAGCGCAGAAGGUGAGGGAGCUGCUGGAACAGUCUCACAGCACCGCCAUCAAGGACAAGCUGAAGAGCUCCACAGAAAAAGCCCUCGAUUACGGGGGCUUUGGCUUGCCUCUGACGAUCUGCCAUGUGGCCGGAGAGCCCAAAGCCUUCUUCGGAUCUGACCGAUUUGAACUCAUGGCUCACUGCCUCGGUGAGAGAUGGGCGGGGCCACAGCCGGAUGACUUGCCACUUAUUGACCGGCAAUAAUCAAACAGCAGAAGAGCCAUUAUGACCAGCUGAGAUCUUCUGCUGAGUGUGUGUGGACAUUAGGGAUGGGCAUAAUUAACAGAUUAACCGAUGAUUGAUCAUUAAACAUUU